CCAGCAGCUGUCUCCGUCAGCCGCUCGCACUGUUUGUCCCUUCACGGUUGCCGUACGUCAGUGUUGACAACAAUCAUGGCGUCCUCAAUGUCACUUCUCGGCUUGGGACGUUUGUCUGUUAUCAAUGCAGCUUCUAAAUUGGCCCUGAAUCCUAUCAGGUCUACAAGCACAUCAACGUUGAGGCUGGCAGAGAAACCAGGACAAGACACGCAACUUAUUACAGUUGAUGAGAAAUUGGACAUCACCACUUUGACAGGGGUCCCAGAGGAGCACAUCAAAACACGUAAAGUUCACAUCUUCGUGCCCGCCAAGACGGCCAUGCAGUCAGGAGCCAACAACAAGAAGUGGAAGAUGGACUUUGAUACCAGAGAGCGCUGGGAGAAUCCUCUGAUGGGCUGGGCUUCAACCGCUGAUCCCUUAUCCAACAUGGUGAUGUCCUUCUCCACUAAGGAAGAUGCCAUUGCUUUUGCAGAGAAAAAUGGCUGGAGCUACGACAUAACGGAGAAGAGGAGCUCAAAGCCCCGAGUGAAGUCCUACGGAGCAAACUUCUCCUGGGACAAGAGGACCAGGAGGUCUGCUAAGUAAACUGAAGACGCCCAUCUGUUCGUCAGCUUGACCUCAGUGUGUCCCUUUAUCAUUCUCGUCAAUAAAUGCAUAAUUAUAUAAUUGUGAACUAAA